AUGAUUUCCUGGGAAGUUGUCCACACACUAUUCCUGUUUGCUCAUCUUUUUUCUUCCCUAGCUCAAGAUCCGAGCCCCCAGGCAGAGAUCAGGGCUGAGGACAUUCCCGAGGGGGCCUCCACCUUGGCUUUUGUGUUUGAUGUGACGGGUUCCAUGUAUGAUGAUUUAGUUCAGGUUAUUGAAGGGGCUUCCAAAAUUCUGGAGACGUCUUUGAAAAGACCUAAGAGACCUCUUUUCAACUUUGCUCUGGUGCCUUUCCAUGAUCCAGAAAUUGGCCCAGUGACAAUUACGACAGAUCCCAAGAAAUUUCAGUAUGAACUCAGAGAACUCUAUGUUCAGGGUGGUGGUGAUUGUCCAGAAAUGAGUAUUGGAGCUAUAAAAAUUGCCUUGGAAAUUUCUCUUCCUGGUUCUUUCAUCUAUGUUUUCACUGAUGCCCGGUCCAAGGAUUACCGGCUCACCCAUGAGGUGCUGCAGCUUAUCCAACAGAAACAGUCACAAGUGGUAUUUGUACUCACUGGAGAUUGUGAUGACAGGAACCAUAUUGGAUAUAAAGUCUAUGAAGAAAUUGCUUCUACAAGUUCUGGUCAAGUGUUCCACCUGGACAAAAAGCAAGUUAAUGAGGUAUUAAAAUGGGUAGAAGAAGCAGUGCAGGCCUCCAAGGUUCACCUGUUAUCCACAGAUCAUUUGGAACAUGCUGUAAAUACUUGGAAAAUUCCUUUUGACCCCAGUCUAAAAGAAGUCACUGUGUCUCUGAGCGGACCUUCUCCAAUGAUUGAAAUCCGCAAUCCAUUAGGGAAGCUGAUAAAAAAGGGAUUUGGCCUGAAUGAGCUAUUGAAUAUCCACAACUCUGCCAAAGUGGUAAAUGUAAAGGAGCCGGAGGCUGGGAUGUGGACAGUGAAGACCUCCAGCAGUGGAAGGCACUCUGUUCGCAUCACCGGCCUCAGUACCAUUGAUUUCCGAGCUGGCUUUUCCCGAAAGCCCACCCUGGACUUCAAAAAAACAGUUAGCAGACCAGUGCAAGGAAUACCUACCUAUGUGCUGCUGAAUACUUCUGGGAUUUCCAUUCCAGCAAGAGUAGAUCGUCUUGAACUUCUGAGUAUCUCAGGAAGUUCCCUUAAGACUAUUCCUGUUAAAUAUUACCCAGAUCGAAAACCUUAUGGCAUAUGGAAUAUUUCUGACUUUAUGCCACCAAAUGAAGCUUUCUUUCUCAAAGUAACUGGCUAUGAUAAGGAUGAUUAUCUCUUCCAGAGAGUAUCAAGUGUUUCCUUUUCCAACAUUGUUCCAGAUGCUCCCAAAGUUACAAUGCCCAAGAAAACCCCAGGAUACUACCUGCAGCCAGGCCGGAUUCUCUGCUCUGUUGAGAGUCUUUUGCCCUUUACCUUGAGCUUUCUCAGGAAUGGAGCUACACUUGGAGUAGAACAGUAUUUUAAAGAAUCUGCCACUGUGAACUGGGAUAUUGAAAAGGUCACUUUGUCUGAUGAAGGCUCCUACGAGUGCGUCGCUGUCAGCAGCGUGGGGACUGGGCAGGCACAGACAUUUUUUGAUGUAUCAGAGCCUCCCCCAGUCAUCCAAGUGCCUAACAAUGUUACAGUCACUCCUGGAGAGAGAGCAGUUUUGACAUGUCUUGUCAUCAGUGCUGCAGAUUACAAUCAAACCUGGCAGAGGAAUGACAGAGAUGUCAGACUGACAGAGCCAGCAAGAAUUCGGACCUUGGCUAACCUCUCAUUGGAGAUAAGGGGUGUGAAAUUCAGCGAUGCCGGAGAAUAUCACUGCAGGGUUUCCAGUGAAGGUGGCUCCGCAGCUGCAUCAGUGUUCCUCACGGUGCAAGAGCCUCCCACAGUCACUGUGAUGCCCAAGAAUCAGUCUUUCACAGGAGGGUCUGAGGUCUCCAUCAUGUGCUCUGCCACAGGUUACCCCAAACCAAAGCUCACCUGGACCAUGAACGAUAUGUUUAUUGUGGCUUCACACAGGUACAGGAUGACCUCAGAAGGUACCUUAUUUAUCAAAAAUGCAGUUCCCAAAGAUGCGGGGGUAUAUGGUUGCCUGGCAAGUAAUUCCGCUGGAAUAGAUAAACAGACCUCUAUCCUCAGAUACAUUGAAGCCCCCAAGUUGAUUGUAGUUCAGAGUGAGCUUUUGGUUGCCCUUGGGGACACGACAGUUAUGGAAUGCAAAACCUCUGGUGUUCCUCCACCUCAGGUUAAAUGGUUCAAAGGAGAUCUUGAGUUGAGAUCCUCAACAUUCCUCAUUAUUGAUCCUUUCUUGGGACUUUUGAAGAUUCAAGAAACACAAGAUCUGGAUGCUGGUGAUUAUACCUGUGUAGCCAUCAAUGAUGCUGGAAGAGCAACGGGCAGGAUAACCCUGGAUGUUGGCUCACAUCCAGUUUUCAUCCAAGAACCUGCUGAUAUUUCUAUGGAAAUUGGAUCCAAUGUGACAUUGCCUUGUUAUGUUCAGGGAUAUCCAGAACCGAAGAUCCAAUGGAGAAGAUCAGACAACAUGCCAAUUUUCUCAAGACCUUUUUCAGUUAGUUCCAUCAGCCAACUAAAAACAGGAGCUCUUUUUAUUUUAAACUUGUGGGCAAGUGAUAAAGGAACCUAUAUUUGUGAAGCAGAAAACCAGUUUGGAAAGAUCCAGUCAGAGGCAACAAUAACAGUGACGGGACUUGUGGCUCCACUUAUUGGAAUCAGUCCUCCAGUGGCCAAUGUUAUUGAAGGACAGCAGUUAACUUUGCCCUGUAGUCUGUUGGCUGGAAAUCCCAUUCCAGAACGUCGGUGGCUCAAAAAUUCAGCGAUGGUGAGAACAUUUUAAAUGCAUGCAUCCACACUCCCGAUUUUUUGAGUAAGGAGCAAUGGGAGCCUCCAUAUUGAAAGAAUUCAGCUGCCAGAUGGAGGCGAAUAUACUUGUGUGGCCAGUAAUGUUGCUGGAACCAAUAACAAAACUACCUCUGUUGUCGUGCAUGUUCUGCCGACCAUUCAGCACGGGCAGCAGGUGCUGAGUACGAUUGAAGGCGUUCCCGUCACUCUGCCAUGCAGGGCAAGUGGGAUUCCCAAACCGUCUGUCAUCUGGUCCAAGAAAGGAGAGCUGAUUUCAACUGGCAGUGCUAAAUUUUCAGCAGGGGCUGAUGGAAGUCUCUAUGUGGUGUCACCAGGAGGUGAAGAGAGCGGGGAGUACGUCUGCACUGCCACCAAUGCGGCUGGCUAUGCCAGACGGAAAGUUCAGCUGACGGUCUAUGUAAGGCCCAGAGUGUUUGGAGACCUCCGAGGACUGUCCCAGGAUAAACCUGUUGAGAUCUCCGUCCUUGCAGGGGAAGAGGUGACACUUCCAUGUGAAGUGAAGAGCUUACCCCCACCCAUAAUUACGUGGGCCAAAGAAACCCAGCUCAUUUCUCCAUUCUCUCCAAGACACAUGUUCCUUCCAUCUGGUUCAAUGAAGAUCUCUGAGACCCGGCUUUCAGAUACGGGGAUGUACCUUUGUGUUGCCACCAAUAUUGCUGGGAAUGUGACUCAAUAUGUUAAAUUAAAUGUCCAUGUUCCUCCAAAGAUUCAGCGUGGCCCUAAACAGAUGAAAGUCCAAGUCGGUCAAAGAGUGGACAUUCUGUGUAAUGUGCAAGGGACCCCUGCUCCUGUGAUCACCUGGCAUAAAGACCGAAGCAGCGUGCUGGCUGAUGGCGUGCAGCACAUUAGCAGUCCAGAUGGAACUUUAAGCAUCCAGCACGCCAUGCCCGCAGAUGCUGGCGUAUACACAUGUGUUGCUACUAACAUAGCAGGCAGUGAUGAAACGGAGAUAACACUCCAUGUCCAAGAGCCACCUACAUUGGAAGAUCUAGAACCUCCCUAUAACACUCCAUUCCAGGAAAGAGUGGUCAACCAACGCAUUGCAUUCCCAUGCCCUGCAAAAGGUACCCCUCAACCAACCAUCAAAUGGUUACACAAUGGUAGAGAGUUGACAGGCCAAGAGCCUGGUAUCUCUAUCUUGGAAGAUGGCACACUGUUGAUGAUUGCUUCUGUUACACCAUUUGACAAUGGGGAGUACAUCUGUGUGGCAGUCAAUGAAGCUGGAACCACAGAAAGAAAAUAUAACCUCAAAGUCCAUGUUCCUCCAGUAAUUAAAGAUAAAGAACAAGUGACAAAUGUGUCUGUGUUGGUAAAUCAGCUGACCAGUCUCUUUUGUGAAGUGGAAGGUACUCCAUCUCCCAUCAUUACAUGGUAUAAAGAUGAUGUCCAGGUGACGGAAAGCAGUGCCGUUCAGAUCGUGAACAAUGGAAAGAUACUAAAGCUCUUCAAAGCCACUCCAGAGGAUGCAGGAAGAUAUUACUGCAAAGCAAUUAACAUUGCAGGCACUUCCCAGAAGUAUUUUCACAUCGAUGUGCUAGUUCCCCCCACCAUAACAGGUGCUAGCUCCCCAAAUGAAGUAUCGGUUAUCCUCAACCAUGACACCACCCUGGAAUGCCAGGCCAGAGGCAAUCCCUUCCCUGCUAUUCACUGGUUCAAAGAUGGCAAGCCUUUAUUUUUGGGAGAUCCUAAUAUUGAACUUCUAGACAGAGGACAAGUUCUACAUCUAAAGAAAGCACGAAGAAGUGACAAGGGGCGCUACCAAUGCACUGUGUCUAAUGCAGCUGGAAAACAAGCCAAGGAUAUAAAACUGACAAUCUAUAUUCCACCCAGUAUUAAAGGAGGAAAUGUCACUGCAGAAAUAUCAGUAUUGAUCAACAGUAUGAUUAAACUGGAAUGUGAAACACGGGGACUUCCAAUGCCUGCUAUUACUUGGUAUAAGGAUGGCCAGCCAGUCAUGUCCAGCUCACAAAUACUUUACAUUGAUAAAGGACAAUUUCUUCAUAUUCCUCGAGCACAAGUCUCUGAUUCAGCAACAUAUACGUGUCAUGUAACCAAUGUUGCAGGAACUGCUGAAAAAUCAUUUCAUGUGGAUGUCUAUGUUCCUCCAGUAAUUGAAGGUGACUUGGCUACACCUUUGAGUAAGCAAGUAGUUAUUAAUCAUUCACUGACACUGGAGUGCAAAGCUGCUGGCAACCCUCCUCCAGUUCUCACCUGGUUGAAAGACGGCAUACCUGUGAAAGCCAGUGACAACAUCCUCAUAGAAGCUGGUGGGAAGAAACUUGAAAUUAUGAGUGCCCAAGAAGUUGAUCAAGGACAGUAUGUAUGUGUGGCCACCAGUGUGGCAGGAGAAAAGGAAAUCAAAUAUGAAGUUGAUGUCUUGGUGCCACCAGUGGUAGAAGGAGGAGAUGAAACAUCUUACUUCAUUGUGAUGGUCAAUAACUUACUGGAGCUGGAUUGUCAUGUGACAGGCUCUCCCCCACCAACUAUCAUGUGGCUGAAGGAUGGCCAGCUAAUUGACGGAAGGGAUGGAGUCAAGAUUUUACUUAAUGGACGUAAACUAAUUAUCACUCAGGCUCAAGUGUCAGACACCGGUCUUUAUCAGUGUGUGGCAACAAACACCGCUGGAGACCACAAGAAGGAAUUUGAAGUGACUGUUCAUGUUCCUCCAACAAUCAAGCCUUCAGGCCUUUCGGAGAGAGCUGUGGUGAAAUAUAAGCCUGUCACUUUGCAGUGCAUAGCCAAUGGCAUUCCAAAUCCAUCCAUUACAUGGUUGAAAGAUGGCCAACCUGUGAACACUGCCCAAGGAAACCUCAAGAUACAAUCUUCUGGUCGAGUUCUGCAGAUUGCCAAAGCCCUGUUGGAGGAUGCUGGCCGAUAUACAUGUGUGGCUACCAAUGCAGCUGGAGAAACACAACAGCGCAUUCAAUUGCAUGUGCACGAAGCACCUCGUCUGGAAGAGGCAGGGAAGAUGCUGAAUGAGACGGUGGUAGUGAACAGCCCUGUCCAGCUGGAGUGUAAGGCAGCUGGGAACCCUUCCCCCGUUAUUACAUGGUACAAAGAUAAUCGUCCACUCUCAGGUUCCAGCGGCAUAACUUUCUUGAACAGAGGACAGAUCAUUAAUAUUGAAAGUGCCCAAAUCUCAGAUGCUGGCCUGUACAAAUGUGUGGCCAUCAACUCAGCUGGAGCAACAGAGUUAUUUUACAGUCUGCAAGUUCACGUGCCCCCAUCGAUUUCUGGCAGCAAUAACAUGGUGGCAGUGGUGGUUAAUAAUCUGGUGAGGUUAGAAUGUGAAGCCAGAGGUAUCCCUGCCCCAAGUCUGACCUGGCUGAAAGAUGGGAGCCCCGUCUCCAGUUUUGCUAAUGGAAUACAGGUUCUCUCUGGGGGUCGCAUCCUAGCAUUGACCAGUGCACAAAUCAGUGAUACGGGAAUAUACACUUGCGUGGCAGUGAAUGCUGCUGGGGAGAAGCAAAGGGACAUUGACCUCAGAGUCUAUGCUCCACCAAAUAUUAUGGGAGAAGAACAAAACGUCUCUGUCAUCAUUGGCCAAGCCGUGGAGUUACUGUGUCAGAGUGAUGCAAUCCCCUCACCUACUCUUACUUGGUUAAAAGAUGGCCGCCACUUACUGAAGAAACCAGGCCUCACUGUCUCUGAAAAUGGAAGUGUGUUAAAGAUUGAAGAUGCUCAGGUUCAAGACACGGGUCGUUACACUUGUGAAGCAACGAACGUUGCAGGAAAAACUGAGAAAAACUAUAAUGUCAACAUUUGGGUACCCCCAAAUAUUUAUGGUUCUGAUGAACUAGCUCAACUUACAGUCAUCGAAGGGAAUCUUAUUAGUCUACUGUGUGAAUCAAGUGGUAUUCCACCCCCAAAUCUCAUUUGGAAAAAGAAAGGCUCUCCAGUGCUGGCUGAUUCCAUGGGGCGAGUUAGAAUUUUAUCUGGAGGCAGACAGUUACAAAUUUCAAUUGCUGAAAAAUCAGAUGCAGGGCUGUAUACAUGUGUAGCGUCGAAUGUCGCUGGGACCACAAAGAAAGAUUACAAUCUGCAAGUUUACAUUCGACCAACCAUAACAAACAGUGGCAGCCACCCUACUGAAAUUAUUGUGACUCGAGGCAAGAGUGUUUCCUUGGAGUGUGAGGUGCAGGGUAUGCCUCCGCCAACAAUGACCUGGAUAAAAGACGGCCGCCCCGUGACCAAGGGAAGAGGAGUGGAAAUACUGGACGAAGGUCGCAUCCUUCAGCUGAAGAACAUUCACAUAUCUGACACAGGUCGUUAUGUGUGUGUUGCUGUAAACGUAGCAGGAAUGACUGACAGAAAAUAUGACUUAAGUGUACAUGCCCCUCCAAACAUCAUAGGAAACCACAGGGCAUCUGAAAAUAUCAGUGUGGUGGAAAAGAACUCUGUGUCCUUGACUUGUGAAGCUUCAGGAAUUCCUCUGCCUUCAACAACUUGGCUUAAAGAUGGGUGGCCCAUCAGCCUCAGCAAUUCUGUGCGGAUUCUCUCAGGAGGCAGGAUGCUUCGAAUGAUGCAAACCAGAAUGGAGGAUGCUGGCCAAUAUACUUGUGUUGCGAGGAAUGCAGCUGGUGAAGAAAGAAAAACCUUUGGACUGUCCGUGUUAGUACCGCCUCAUAUUGUGGGUGAAAAUACCUUGGAAGACGUGAAGGUAAAAGAGAAACAGAGUGUUACGCUGCUUUGUGAAGUGACAGGGAAUCCAGUGCCAAAAGUCACCUGGCACAAAGAUGGCCAGCUCAUCCAAGAAGAUGAAGCCCAUCACAUUGAGUCUGGGGGCCAUUUUCUUCACAUUACCAAUGCCCAGGUGUCACACACUGGAAGAUACAUGUGUUUGGCUUCUAAUACAGCUGGCGACAAGAGCAAAAGUUUCAGUCUUAAUGUGUUUGUGUCUCCUACAAUUGCUGGUGUGGAUGGUGAUGGCAGCCAUGAAGAUGUCACUGUUAUCCUGAAUAGCCCCACCUCUCUGGUCUGUGAAGCUUAUUCAUAUCCUCCAGCUACCAUCACCUGGUUUAAGGAUGGCGCUCCUUUAGAAUCUAACCAAAAUAUUCGUAUACUUCCAGGUGGUAGGACUCUGCAGAUCCUCAAUGCACAGGAGGACAACGCUGGGCGAUACUCCUGUGUGGCCACUAAUGAGGCUGGGGAGAUGAUUAAGCACUAUGAAGUGAAGGUCUACAUUCCACCCAUAAUCAAGAAAGGAGACAUUUUGGGGCCAGGACUUUCCCCUAAAGAAGUGAAGAUCAAAGUAAACAACACCCUGACCUUGGAAUGUGAAGCUUAUGCAAUUCCUUCUGCCUCUCUCAGCUGGUACAAGGAUGGACAGCCCCUUAAAUCCGAUGAUCAUGUAAAUAUUGCUGCAAAUGGACACACUCUUCAAAUAAAGGAGGCUCAAAUAUCAGAUACCGGGCGAUAUACAUGUGUAGCAUCUAACAUUGCAGGUGAAGAUGAGUUGGAUUUUGACGUGAAUAUCCAAGUCCCUCCAAGUUUUCAGAAACUCUGGGAGAUGGGAAACAUGCUAGAUAGCGGAAGGAGUGGUGAAGCCAAAGAUGUCAUCAUCAACAACCCCAUUUCUCUGUACUGUGAGACUAAUGCUGCUCCUCCUCCGACGCUGACCUGGUACAAAGACGGCCGUCCCCUGACCUCAAGUGACAAAGUACUGAUCCUGCCAGGAGGGCGAGUAUUGCAGAUUCCCCGGGCUAAAGUUGAAGAUGCUGGAAGAUAUACAUGUGUGGCUGUGAAUGAGGCCGGAGAGGAUUCCCUUCAGUACGACGUCCGGGUGCUCUUGCCACCAAUUAUCAAGGGAGCAAAUAGUGAUCUCCCCGAAGAGGUCACAGUGCUCGUGAACAAGAGCACGCGGAUGGAGUGUCUAUCCAGCGGCAGCCCGGCACCGAGGAAUUCCUGGCAAAAAGAUGGACAGCCACUGCUGGAAGAUGACCAUCAUAAAUUUCUAUCGAAUGGGAGAAUUCUGCAGAUUCUGAAUACUCAACUAAUGGAUAUCGGCAGGUAUGUGUGUGUAGCUGAGAACACAGCUGGAAGUGCCAAAAAAAAUUUUAACCUCAAUGUUCAUGUUCCUCCCAGUGUCAUUGGUCCCAACCCUGAAAAUCUUACUGUUGUGGUGAACAAUUUCAUUUCCUUGACCUGUGAGGUCUCUGGUUUUCCACCUCCUGAUCUCAGCUGGCUCAAGAAUGAACAGCCUAUCAAGUUAAGCACAAACGCUCUCAUUGUGCCCGGUGGUCGAACUCUACAAAUUCUGCGGGCUAAGGUAUCUGAUGGUGGGGAAUACACUUGUAUAGCCAUCAGCCAAGCUGGUGAAAGCAAGAAGAAGAUUUCCCUGACUGUUUAUGUGCCCCCGAGCAUUAAAGAUCAUGGCAGUGAAUCUCUCUCUGUAGUUAACGUAAGAGAGGGAACGUCAGUGUCAUUGGAGUGCGAGUCCAACGCUGUGCCCCCUCCAGUUGUCACUUGGUAUAAGAAUGGGCGAAUGAUAACAGAGUCCACUCACUUGGAGAUUUUAGCUGACGGACAAAUGCUGCACAUCAAAAAAGCCGAGGUGUCUGACACAGGCCAGUAUGUAUGUAGAGCUAUAAAUGUAGCAGGACGAGAUGAUAAAAAUUUCCACCUCAAUGUAUAUGUGCCACCCAGUAUUGAAGGUCCUGAAAAAGAAGUGGUUGUAGAGACAAUCAGCAAUCCUGUGACCUUAACUUGUGAUGCCACGGGGAUCCCACCUCCCAUGAUAGCAUGGUUAAAGAACCGCAGGCCUAUAGAAAAUUCUGACUCACUUGAAGUUCAUAUUUUGUCUGGAGGUAGCAAACUCCAAAUUGCCCGGUCUCAGCCUUCAGACAGUGGAAACUAUACGUGUAUUGCAUCCAACACGGAAGGGAAAGCCCAGAAGAGUUACAUUCUUUCAGUUCAAGUUCCUCCAAGUGUGGCAGGUGCUGAAAUUCCAAGUGAUGUCAGUGUCCUUCUAGGAGAAAAUGUGGAGCUGGUCUGCAAAGCGAAUGGCAUUCCUGCCCCACUUAUUCAGUGGCUUAAAGAUGGAAAACCCUUAACUAGUGCUAAAAGAGAAAGAAUUCGGGUGACUGCAAAUGGCAGCACAUUAAACAUUUAUGGAGCCAUCACAUCCGACAUGGGGAAAUACACAUGUGUUGCUACUAAUCCCGCUGGAGAAGAAGACCGAAUUUUUAACUUGAAUGUCUAUGUUCCACCUACAAUUAACGGUAAUAAAGAAGAAGCAGAGAAACUAAUGGCUUUGGUGGAUACGUCAAUAAAUAUUGAAUGCAGAGCUACAGGGAUGCCUCCACCACAGAUCAGCUGGCUGAAGAAUGGCCUCCCUCUGCCUCUCUCCUCCCACAUCCGGUUGCUGGCCGCAGGGCAGGUUAUCAGGAUUGUGAGAGCUCAGCUAUCUGACGUUGCUGUGUAUACUUGUGUGGCCUCCAACAGAGCCGGGGUGGAUAAUAAGCAUUACGAUCUGCAAGUACUUGUGCCACCAAAUAUGGACAAUGCAAUGGGGACAGAGGAAAUCACAGUUCUCAAAGACAGCUCCACCUCUAUGACAUGCAUUAGUGAUGGAACCCCAAUGCCCAGCAUGUCCUGGCUUAGAGAUAGUCUUUCUCUGGAGCCUGAUGACCAUCUGAUGAUCGACACUCAAGGAAUGGUCCUCCAGCUCAUUAAAGCGGAGACUGAAGAUUCAGGAAGAUACACUUGUGUUGCCUCAAAUGAAGCUGGAGAAGUCAGCAAGCACUUCAUCCUGAAGGUCCUAGAACCACCCCACAUUAAUGGAUCUGAAGAACCUGGAGAGAUAUCAGUAAUUGUUAAUAACCCACUUGAACUUACCUGCAUUGCUUCUGGAAUUCCAGCCCCUAAAAUCACCUGGAUGAAAGAUGGCCGGCCACUUCCUCAGACAGAUCAAGUGCAAACUCUAGGAGGAGGAGAGAUUCUUCAGAUCUCUAGUGCUCAGGUGGAGGAUACAGGAAGAUACACCUGCCUGGCAUCCAGUCCUGCCGGAGAUGAUGAUAAAGAGUAUUUAGUGAGAGUGCAUGUUCCCCCUAAUAUUGCUGGAACUGAUGAGCCCCAAGGUUUCUCUGUGUUACGGAAUAGACAAGUGACAUUGGAAUGCAAAUCGGAUGCAGUGCCCCCACCUGUAAUUACUUGGCUCAAAAAUGGAGAACGCUUACAGUUAGUAGUUGGUUCUGGUCGAAAGAAAGUUCCUCCAAGCAUAAAAGGUGGCUCCCAGAGUCUAAUCAUUCUCUUAAGUAAGUCAACUCUACUGGAAUGCAUUGCGGAAGGUGUCCCAACCCCAAGGAUAACAUGGAGGAAGGAUGGAGCUGUUCUAUCUGGGAAUCAUGCAAGAUACUCUGUCUUGGAAAAUGGAUUCCUUCAUAUUCAAUCAGCACAAGUUACUGACACUGGGCGGUAUUUGUGUAUGGCCACCAAUGCUGCUGGAACAGAUCACAGGAGAAUAGAUUUACAGGUCCAUGUUCCUCCAUCUAUUUCUCCGGGUCUGACCAACAUAACUGUAACUGUAAAUGUUCAAACUACUCUGGCUUGUGAGGCGACGGGGAUACCAAAACCAUCAAUCCACUGGAGAAAAAAUGGGCACCUUCUUAAUGUGGAUCAAAAUCAGAAUUCAUACAGGCUUCUUUCUUCAGGUUCACUGGUGAUUAUCUCCCCUUCUGUGGAUGACACUGCAACUUAUGAGUGCACUGUGACAAAUGAUGCUGGAGAAGAUAAGAGAACCAUAGACCUCACUGUCCAAGUUCCACCUUCCAUUGCUGAUGAGCCUACAGACUUCCUCAUAACCAAACACGCCCCAGCGGUAAUUACCUGUACUGCUUCUGGAGUUCCAUUUCCCUCCAUUCACUGGACCAAAAAUGGCAUAAGACUGCUUCCCAGGGGAGAUGGCUAUAGAAUUCUGUCCUCAGGAGCAAUUGAAAUAUUUGCUGCCCAAUUAAACCAUGCUGGAAGAUAUACUUGUGUCGCUAGGAAUUCAGCUGGUUCUGUUCAUCGACACGUGACCCUUCAUGUUCAAGAGCCUCCAGUUAUUCAGCCCCAACCAAGUGAGCUGGACGUCAUUCUAAACAAUCCCAUUUUACUACCAUGUGAAGCAACAGGGACACCCAGUCCUUUCAUUACGUGGCAAAAAGAAGGCAUCAAUGUCAUCACUUCAGUUCCUCCCGUCAUUAGCCCUCACCCGAAGGAACAUGUGGUUGCUGUGGACAAGCCCCUCGUGCUGCCGUGCCAGGCGGACGGCCUGCCCUCGCCCGAUGUCACCUGGCAGAAGGACGGGCGUGCGGUGGUGGACUCGGUCCGCCAGCGCGUGCUGAGCUCGGGCUCUCUGCAGAUCGCCUUCGCCCAGCCCCAGGACGCCGGGCAGUACACGUGCACGGCGGCCAAUGUGGCGGGGUCCAGCAGCGCCAGCACCAAGCUCACUGUCCACGUACCACCCAGGAUCCGAAAUACAGAAGUACAGUACACAGUCAAUGAGAACUCACAAGCCAUUCUUCCGUGCGUGGCAGAUGGAAUCCCCAUACCCACGAUUAGCUGGAAAAAAGAUAAUGUUCUUUUAGCUAACUUGUUAGGAAAAUACAGCGCUGAACCAUACGGAGAGCUCGUUUUGGAAAAUGUUGAGCUGGAAGAUUCUGGGACCUACACCUGUAUUGCCAACAAUACUGCAGGUGAAGAUACACACAGUGUCAGCCUGACUGUACAUAUUCUCCCCACUUUUACUGAGCUUCCCGGGGAUGUGUCCUUAAAUAAAGGAGAACAGCUACGAUUAAGCUGUAAAGCAACUGGCAUUCCACUGCCCAAAUUAACAUGGACCUUUAAUAACAAUAUUAUCCCAGCCCACUAUGACAGUGUCAAUGGACACAGUGAACUUGUUAUUGAAAGAGUGUCCAAAGAGGAUUCCGGUACUUACGUGUGCACCGCAGAGAACAGUGUUGGUUUUGUGAAAGCAAUUGGGUUUGUGUAUGUGAAAGAACCUCCCGUCUUCAAAGGUGAUUACCCUUCUAACUGGAUUGAACCACUUGGUGGUAAUGCAAUCCUGAAUUGUGAGGUGAAAGGAGACCCCACCCCAACCAUCCAGUGGAGCAGAAAAGGAGCAGGUGUUGAAAUUAACCACAGAAUCCGGCAGCUGGGCAAUGGCUCCCUGGCCAUCUAUGGCACUGUAAAUGAAGAUGCUGGGGACUACACGUGCAUCGCUGCCAAUGAAGCUGGGAUAGUGGAGCGCAGCAUGAGUCUGACUCUGCAAAGUCCUCCUAUUAUCACUCUGGAGCCAGUGGAAACUGUUGUCCAUGCUGGUGGGAGCAUCGUACUGAAUUGUCAGGCAGCUGGAGAACCUCAUCCCACCAUUACAUGGUCCCGCCAGGGCCAGUCUAUUCCCUGGGAUGACCGGGUUAAGGUGUUAUCCAACCACUCAUUACGUAUCACUGGUGCCCGAAGAGAAGAUACCUCUGACUACGAAUGUGUUGCUCGGAACUUAAUGGGUUCUGUCCUUGUCAGAGUGCCUGUCACAGUGCAGGUUCAUGGUGGGUUUUCCCAGUGGUCUGCGUGGAAGUCCUGCAGUGUCACCUGUGGAAGAGGAAUCCAGAAGAGGAGCCGUGUCUGUAACGCCCCCCGUCCGGCCAACGGUGGGAAGCCUUGCCAAGGGUCGGAUUCCGAAAUGCGCAACUGUCACAAUAAGCUGUGUCCAGUGGACGGGAGCUGGUCAGAGUGGAGUCCUUGGGAAGAAUGCACGAGGAGCUGUGGGCGCGGCAACCGAACCAGGACCAGAACAUGCAGUAAUCCAUCAGCCCAGCACGGUGGGCGGCCGUGUGAAGGGAAUGCUGUGGAAAUAAUCAUGUGUAGCAUCAGGCCUUGCCCAGUUCAUGGAGCCUGGAGUACUUGGCAGCCUUGGGGUCCAUGCAGCGAAAGUUGUGGGAAAGGUACCCAGACAAGAACAAGACUUUGCAAUAACCCACCACCAUCAUUGGGUGGGACCUUCUGUGAUGGACCAGAAACACAAGUUCAAGUUUGCAAUGAAAGACACUGUCCAGUGCAUGGCAAGUGGGCAACGUGGGCCAGUUGGAGCAUCUGUUCAGUCUCCUGUGGAGGGGGUGUCAGGCAUAGAACAAGGGACUGCUCUGACCCUGCCCCCCAGCACGGAGGAAGCAAGUGUGAAGGAAGCGAUAUCCAGAGUGAUUUUUGCAAUAGUGACCCUUGUCCAACCCAUGGACACUGGAGCCCUUGGAGUGGCUGGGGAACGUGCAGCCGGACGUGCAACGGAGGCCAGAUGCGGCGGUACCGCACGUGCGACAACCCGCGUCCUGCCAAUGGAGGGAGAGCCUGUGGGGGGCCCGACUCCCAGACCCAGAGGUGCAACUCUGACAUGUGUCCCGUGGAUGGAAGUUGGGGAAACUGGCAUAGUUGGAGCCCAUGUUCUGUCUCUUGUGGAGGAGGUGAAAAGCCUCGGAAGCGGCUGUGCGACAGUCCGGCUCCAGCGAAAGGUGGCCGUCCCUGUCCAGGAGAUGCUACUCAGGUGUCCAGAUGCAAUACACAAGCAUGUCCAGGUGGGCCCCAGAGAGCCAGGGGAAGUGUUAUUGGAAAUAUUAAUGAUGUUGAAUUUGGAAUUGCUUUCCUGAAUGCCACAGUAACAGAUAGCCCUAGCUCCGAUGCUAGAGUAAUACAGGCCAAAAUUACCAAUGUGCCACGUAGUCUUGGUUCAGCAAUGAAAAAGAUAGUUUCUAUUUUAAAUCCCAUUUAUUGGACAACAGCAAAGGAAAUAGGAGAAGCUGUCAAUGGCUUUACCCUCACCAAUGCGGUCUUCAAAAGGGAAACCCAAGUAGAAUUUGCAACUGGAGAAAUUUUGCGGAUGACUCAUAUUGCCCGGGGCCUGGAUCCCGACGGAGCUUUGCUGCUCGAUAUUGUUGUGAGUGGCCGUGUGCUGCAGCUCCAGUCACCUGCUGAAGUCGCUGUCAAGGAUUACACAGAGGACUACAUCCAAACGGGUCCCGGGCAGCUGUAUGCCUACUCAACCCGGCUGUUCACCAUCGAUGGCAUCAGUGUCCCGUACACUUGGAACCACACCAUCCUCUACGAUCACACCCGGGGAGGAAUGCCCUUCCUGGUAGAGACGCUUCACGCAUCCUCUGUAGAAUCUGACUAUAACCAGUUAGAAGAGACAUUGGGUUUUAAAAUCCACGCUUCAAUUUCCAAAGGAGAUCGCAGUAAUCAGUGCCCCUCUGGGUUCACCUUAGACACAGCUGGACCGUUCUGUGCUGAUAUUGAUGAGUGUGCUUUGGGUGGACACACCUGCCACGGUGGUCAGGACUGUGACAAUACUAUUGGGUCCUAUCACUGUGUGGUCCGUUGUGGAACUGGCUUUCGAAGAACUUCUGAUGGGCUGAGUUGUCAAGAUGUGAACGAGUGUCGACAGAAUGUGUGCAGACCAGAUCAGCACUGUAAGAACACCCGAGGUGGCUACAAGUGCAUUGAUCUUUGUCCAAAUGGAAUGACCAAGGCAGAAAAUGGAACCUGCAUUGACAUUGAUGAAUGUAAAGAUGGGACCCAUCAGUGCCGAUAUAACCAGAUAUGUGAAAAUACAAGAGGCAGCUAUCGUUGUGUCUGCCCCAGAGGUUAUCGGUCUCAAGGAGUUGGAAGACCCUGUAUGGACAUUAAUGAAUGUGAACAAGUGCCUAAACCUUGUGCACAUCAAUGUUCCAACACCCCCGGCAGCUUCAAGUGUACCUGUCCCCCAGGACAACAUGUAUUAGGGGACGGGAAAUCUUGCGCUGGAUUGGAGAGGCUGCCAAAUUAUGGCAUUCAGUACAGUAGCUAUAACCUUGCACGGUUCUCCCCUGUGAGAAACAACUAUCAACCUCAGCAGCAGUACAGACAGUACUCACAUCUCUACAGCUCCUACUCAGAGUAUAGGAACAGCAGGACAUCUCUCUCCAGGACUAGAAGGACUAUUAGGAAAACUUGCCCCGAAGGCUCUGAGGCAAAGCAUGACACAUGCGUAGACAUUGAUGAAUGUGAACAUACAGACACCUGCCAGCACGAGUGUAAGAACACCCUUGGAAGCUAUCAGUGCCUCUGCCCUCCUGGCUACCAACUCUCACUCAACGGGAAGACGUGCCAAGAUGUGGAUGAGUGUCUGGAGCAGAACAUCCGCUGCGGAGCCAACCGCAUGUGCUUCAACACGAGGGGAGGCUACCGGUGCAUCGACACUCCCUGCCCGCCCGACUACCAGCGGGAUCCCGUGUCAGGGUUCUGCCUCAAGAACUGUCCCCCCAACGAUUUGGAAUGUGCCUUGAGCCCAUAUGCCUUGGAGUACAAACUCGUCUCCCUCCCAUUUGGAAUAGCCGCCAAUCAAGAUUUAAUCCGGCUGGUUGCAUACACGCAGGCUGGAGUGAUGCAUCCCAGGACGACCUUCCUCAUGGCAGAUGAGGAACACACUGCUCCUUUUGCCUUGAGGGGUGAAAACCUGAAAGGAGUGGUGUACACCACACGACCACUGCAGGAACCAGAGACUUACCGCAUGAGGGUUCGAGCCUUGUCCUACAGCGGCAAUGGGACCAUUGAGUAUCAAACCACAUUCAUAGUCUAUAUCGCUGUGUCUGCCUAUCCGUACUAA